AUGAAGGGGUUCAGCGUGAGCAGUUUGUUCGCGCCCAGUAAGGGGGACGGCCAAGCUGGGGAGAGCGUCCAAGAUGGGGAAAGUAACAAAGCAGUGGAAAGUGCCCAAACUGGGGAAAGCCCCCAAUGUGGGGAACCCAACCAAACGGAGGGAGGUGAGGCACCCCCCGCGGAGGAGAAAAAAUCGAAACAAUUUGAAGACAUCAAUAAAAUCGCGUUUUACGAAGCCGUACUAAAACAACUCAGGGACGACGACCUAACAGAUUCGUUCGAAGCCCUGAAGAAGGAAAUAAAUUUGGAGCAAAGCAAAACGGUGAAGGAAAAUUACCUGUUCAAGUUAUACACGAAGAGCUUGUAUAAGGGGGCGCCUGAGCUGGAAGGGGACAUGGAGGAAGAGGAUGGACAAAAAGACGACCAACGUGACGACCAACAGAAUGACCAAAUUGCAAAGUUGAAGACAUACGGGAUGUUCCUAAAAAAUGCACAGCUCCGUAGUAACUAUGAGACUGUCCUAAAUUUAGAUGCAUUAAAAAAGGAAAAGGGAGGAAGGAUAGCAUACUCCUAUGAUAUCACCGACCGGGUGGAAUUAAUUCACCAACAUAAAGUCACCUGCUGCACGACGAACAGCACAAGAAAUAUGCUCUGCUCUGGUGGAGCGGAUCACGUUAUUAAAAUUUGUAAAAUAUAUGAAAAUGUGAAAAAGAGAAAAAUACACACCAUUGAUAAUAAACACAUGGGCAAAAUUAACUGCCUGAAAUUCCACCCCGUAAAAAAUCUUUUAUUCUCAGCUAGCGAUGAUUGCACUAUUCAAAUUAUCGAUGUGAAUAAAUUAUUAAAAAAGAAGAAACAACCAUUUAGGUACCGAAGAAAUGUAAGGGAAAAAAUAAAUGACCUCUCCAGUCAAAAUGUAGUCAUACAAGAUAAGAACGCCUUCGUAAAUCUGUAUGUCCACCCCUGUGGAGAUUUUUUAUAUGCCUGUAAUAGAAAUGAAAAUGUUGUUAAGCUCUUCGAUUUGGAGACCCUAUCCUGCUUCACUUCCUAUGAAAAAAAAGAGCAACAUCAUAGUGCCACUAUAAACUGCAUCAGUGGGACGUCAGAUGGAAGUCUCUACUGCUCUGUGUCUAAGGAUGGGCAUAUAAAAAUAUGGGAUGGACAUGAGUCCAAAUUAGUACACACAAAAUUUAAUGCCCAUAAUGGCUAUUCUGUGGAAUCUGUUACCUUCAGCAAAAGUAAUUAUUAUGUGCUUACUUCUGGACUUGAUGGACAGACCAAAAUUUGGGACAUUCGAAAUUUUCAAUCCCCGUUCACCUUCGGGAAUGGGAUCCUAACAUGCACUUCCAACAGAAGCAUCUUCAUGAAUGAUGAGCAUUUUAUUGCAAAUGUAAUUCAAACCAAUGACCACUUCACGUCCAAGUUUUUCAUUUACAAUGCGUAUUUUGGAAACCUCGAAUGUAAUUUACAGAAUAUACACAGCGAUCAGAUUUCUGACAUCGUCAACGCGAGGGAUGGGCUGAAUGUGCACACGGCGGGCCACGACUACGUGUGCAAGACGGUGAGGAUUGACCAGCGCCCCACACAGGACGGGGGGUGA